GCCUUCUGUUGCCCACCCCGCCCUUCGACUCGUCCCCAGCCGGCGAAAAGGUCUCUCCGGCCGACCCGUCCGCAACCACAAGACCAACCAUGGCAACCUUAGCAGAUCGGAGGGCCGUUGGGAGAAAUGAACCAGAUAGUGAGGUUCUCUCACGAGCGAUGGACGCUAGGGACAGUGUUUUCUACGUCAUGAUGCAUAGAAAGGACGAUCGGGUUUCCAGUUGUGGCACAAGUUUUGCCAUCAAGAAGCGACUAGAUGGCCGAUGUGUCCUUUGCACAGCUGAACAUGCAAUAAAUUUCAAGGACAGCACCGAUAAGAUAAUCGUUCGUAGGAUGUUGUACGGAGAGCAUCCAAGAGUGGAAGAUCUAGAGGCCCGCUUGUUGCUCUCUAACAAACGUGCAGAUCUUGCGCUCUUAGAAGUUCUGACGCCAACUCCAAGUGUUGAGCCUCUGACGUUUGCUCCUAUCAGUUUUGUGCCAAAGGAUGGCACAACAAUAGCUGUUGGUUAUUGCAGCCCAGAGGAUGCUGCAGGCCCCCCUAGGGCCCCGUCAGUUUCUCCAGGAAAGCUGCUGUCAAAACCAAAAGACACUGUAAACAUUGGCGCACGAGCUACAGUGAGUUGUGUCGCUGUACAUGGCAUGUCAGGCUCCCCCGUCAUUAGCAAGUAUGGCGUGAUGGGGGUACUCAUUCGCGGAGUGGUCGACGAAGCCAGCCGGACCGUGAGGACGACCACAGUUUGUAGCGAGACUCUUGGCCUAGUACUCGCAAAAUGGUUGGGGUUACCAUUAAUUCAUAAAAAGUCACUAAAGGAGAUGAUUGCCAUGAUUUGAUGAAUACCCUGCAAUUUUUUGUGACGAGACCAGAGCGACGCCUGCCACAUGACGACUGGAGACAUGGUCGAAGCUGUGACCGGUGUGAAUCUAUGAAUGGUUCAGACUAAU